AUGUUGAGGGUUACCGCCGGCGGCAACAAACUUUUAUGGAAGCCGCCUUUUCCACCCAUAUUUUCUUCAGCCAUAAGCGGUGCCAUGGAGUAUGCAAAUCUUCAGGAACUGGGAUGGGCGACGCUCACCAGCGACGACGCUAACGCCGAGUCAAAAGCAGCCGACGCAGAAGAAAAACAGGCACCGCAGUUGAUAUGGCCCGAUGACUUACCCUGA